CGCAAACGCAGCAGCAGCAGCAGCCGCGGCACGGCCCGAGGUCAGAGGUCGGGUCGCCCCGCGAAAUCCCCUCGCGCACCACAGAAAAUCCUCCAGCCACCUCCACCGCCGGCGCUACGCUCUCUCUCCGCUCGCCGCACUUUGGCCGGCUUCGCGCUCGCGGUAGGGGGAUACAGAGGGAGAUCUGGGCCCCGCGACUUGGAUUUCCGCCCCUCCCCUGCCCGCCCGCCGCGCUGGAUUCCGCGGCCUCCGCCUCGAUCCCGCCGCAGGGCCCCCACUCUGGUAUUAUGGUCAUGAAGAUGGAGCUUGAGGACGAUGGUGCCUUGGGAGGAACUGCUGGCACGUGGACAGAGGAGGACCGAGGUCUCGGCGCUGCCGUGCUUGGAGCCGAUGCCUUUGCAUAUCUAACGAAAGGAGGUGGUGCCAUAUCCGAGGGCCUUGUCUCCGCGUCUUUGCCGGAUGACUUGCAGAACAAACUCCAGGAGCUUGUCGAAUCCGAGAGCCCUGGUACCGGUUGGAACUAUGCCAUCUUCUGGCAGCUCUCGCGCACAAAGUCUGGUGAUCUCGUCCUUGGAUGGGGGGACGGCUGCUGCCGUGAGCCCCGAGUUGGGGAGGUGGGAGCUGCUGCUUCUGCAGGCAGCGAUGAUACCAAGCAGAGGAUGCGCAAGCGUGUGCUGCAGCGGUUGCACAUAGCAUUCGGGGUUGCUGACGAGGAAGAUUAUGCCCAUGGUAUUGAUCAGGUCACUGACACUGAGAUGUUCUUCCUAGCAUCUAUGUACUUUGCUUUUCCCCGUUGUGCUGGUGGCCCUGGCCAAGCAUUUGCAGCAGGGAUCCCCCUCUGGGUUCCCAAUAGUGAGCGCAAGGUAUUUCCGGCCAACUACUGUUACCGGGGGUUCCUCGCAAAUGCGGCAGGAUUUAGGACUAUUGUUUUGGUGCCAUUUGAGAGUGGUGUCCUUGAACUGGGGUCAAUGCAGCACAUAGCUGAGAGUUCUGAUACUAUCCAGACCAUACGGUCUGUAUUUGCAGGGACAAGAGGUAAUAAGGCUGCAGUACAGAGACACGAGGGAAAUGGUCCUGCUCCCCCUGAAAGGUCACCCAGUUUGGCGAAGAUCUUUGGGAAGGAUUUGAACCUUGGCCGGCCUUCAGUUGGUGUACCUAAGGUAGAUGAAAGGAUAUGGGAACAGAGGAGUGCUGGUGGUGGUACCUCAUUGCUGCCGAGUGUCCAGAAAGGAUUGCAGAAUUUCACUUGGAGUCAGGCUCGUGGCCUGAAUUCACAUCAGCAGAAGUUUGGCAAUGGAGUGUUGAUUGUGAGCAAUGAGGCUGGACACCGCAACAACGGAGCAGUGGACAGCCCUAGCACAGCCCAGUUUCAGCUUCAAAAGGUGCCUCAGCUUCAGAAACUGCAACUCCAGAAAUUGCCGGUUGUUCAGAAGACACCGCAGCUAGGGAACCAGCAGCCUAUGCAGACACAGGUACCUAGGCAAAUUGACUUUAGCGCUGGGAGCAGUUCCAAGCCUGGUGUGUUGGUUACAAGGGCAGCUGUCCUGGAUGGAGAGAGUGCAGAGGUGGAUGGCUUGUGCAAAGAGGAAGGGGCGCCGCCUGUUAUAGAGGACCGACGACCAAGGAAGAGGGGAAGAAAACCUGCCAACGGGAGGGAAGAACCACUUAAUCAUGUCGAGGCUGAGCGGCAGAGGAGGGAGAAGCUCAACCAGCGGUUCUAUGCGCUUAGAGCUGUUGUGCCGAACAUAUCGAAAAUGGACAAGGCGUCCCUGCUGGGCGAUGCGAUAACGUACAUCACUGACCUCCAGAAGAAGCUGAAGGAGAUGGAGACAGAGAGGGAAAGGCUCCUGGAGUCUGGUAUGGUGGACCCAAGGGAGCGUGCGCCUAGGCCGGAGGUGGACAUACAGGUGGUGCAGGACGAGGUCCUUGUACGAGUGAUGUCUCCAAUGGAGAACCAUCCAGUCAAGAAGGUCUUCCAAGCGUUCGAAGAGGCAGAAGUCCGCCUGGGCGAGUCAAAGGUGACGGGCAACAACAACAACGGGACAGUGGUGCAUUCUUUCAUCAUCAAGUGUCCCGGCACUGAGCAGCAAACGAGGGAGAAGGUGAUAGCGGCGAUGUCUCGUGCGAUGAGCAGUUGAGCAGAGCAGCGUAGGAUCAGAUUGUCGCGGUAGAGAUGUGGCAGUUGAUCCUGUUUGGUUGCGAGCGAAAACAAGAGGCGGCGGCGGACAGCAGCCCUUGACAUGGUCGAUAGGAGAUCUGUAGGUGGAGAGAAGCAAGAUGAGAUUCUUCUGACUUUUUUAGCAACGCAACAACAAAAGAUGGGGCUCGAGUUAAGCAGCCGUUGUACUUUAGGUUUCUUUUGGUUGGUAAUAGUGUUCCUAGUGUAAGCUUGAUGAUGCAGCAGAACAAUGAACAGCAGUACAUGUUUUUUUCCCUUAUUUUCAUGCGUGAUUUGGAAAUUAAAUUU